AUGUAUAAGAUAUUUCUUCUUUUCCUUCUGUCCCCUUGUUUAGUUUAUUCUAAACAUGAGGAAUACUUGGGGCACGCUCUAUAUGAAGUCAGAGUGUCAAACGACAACCAAGGAGCAUACUUAAACGAAGUGGUACAGCGUUUCUUCUUGGACAAGUGGCACCCCACAAUCACUGGGCAGGAUAGCUUGAUUCUGGUACCGGGAGACUUGAAAGAGGACUUCCAGAAGGAGAUGAUCAGAGCGAACAUCGCUUAUGAAGUCAAGUGCGACAACAUUAAGGAACAAUUAGACCUUGAAGAUCAACUGAUGUCUGCAGCAGCUGCCAGAAGCAACAGGUCAAGUCCAGCUCUACCGUAUGAUGUCAUUCACAGAUACGAUGUUGUGAACAACUACCUACAAACAGUUGCAAACUCUUACGCAAAUGUCCAAAUCGCUACCGCAGGAAAAAGUAUCCAGGGCCGUGACAUCAGAUACUUGAGAAUAUCCUCAGACAACUUCCAGUCUAGAAACAAGCCCGUUGUGUUCUUGAUGUCUUUGCUGCAUGCUCGUGAGUGGGUCACCCUUCCUGGUACUCUGUACGCCAUUGAGAAGUUAGUCAUAGACGUGCAAGACCGAAGCCUGGUGGACAACAUUGACUGGAUUAUCAUGCCUAUUGCCAAUCCUGAUGGUUAUGAAUUCACGCACACAAAUACCCGCAUGUGGCGUAAGAACCGUCGCCAGAAUUCCGGAUGGUCCUUCUGUCCUGGUGUCGACUUGAACAGGAACUUCGACCACGAGUGGGGAACAGCUUCCAGUUCAUCUCCCUGCACCGAAACAUUCCACGGUACUGGACCCUUCUCCGAACCAGAAACAGCGGCUGUUAGAGACGUCCUAAACGGAGUCAGAAACCGCUUAGAGCUUUUUAUUGACCUACACAGCUUCGGCAGCAUGGUCCUCUAUGGAUUUGGAAACAGACAGCUCCCUCCUAACGCUCUCACCCUUAACAUGGUUGGAGUCAGAAUGGCUCAGCGAAUUGAUGCUGUUAAAUGGAGAGAAAAUAGAAACUACAGAGUAGGAAAUAUAGUUGACCUUCUCAACUAUGGUGCGUCAGGUGGUUCCAGCGACUACGUUCAGUCUCUAGGAAAUCUCUUAUCUUACACCUACGAAAUGCCUGCUUAUAGAAACCAAAAUACGUUGAACGGUUUCCUGGUAGACCCGGCAUUCAUCUACCAAGCUGGUAUGGAGACUUGGGAAGGUAUUAAAGCUGGAGCUCGUUAUCUGAUCGAAAGGCGUCACGCAGCUAUGGCUCGAUAA